AUGGGUAACACAUGUGCGCCACAAAAGGGAUUGCGCUUCAAGAAUUUUGUACUCGCUGUAUACCCAGAUGACCCGCACGAUGGGCCUGUGCGAGAUGCCUUGGGGAAACUGCAGAGUUACGUCGUGAGCAACCCAGAGCGUGUCCCACGUGUGUGUCGAAAAAUAUCCAAGCUUCUGGUUAUUUACCUUAAGCAAAAGAAGGUGCAGAGAGUAAUGGUUAGUGUAGAGAUGCUGCGCGAGCUUAUCGCCCGUGCUGAUGAUGUGAGUGGGUUUGUGCCACACUCUAUAGAGAUUUGUGCCACAUUGUUGUCGCACACUGCGACAGAUGAGUACCGUAUCGGGGCGGCGAGUGUGAUGACUGUUUUAUGCUACAAACUUGCAAACUGUGCCGGUGGGGAGCAAUCUUGUCGACUCAUCAGUGACAGCAAAGAUCGCUUGCUUCCUCCAUUAGAGAAGAUGUCUAUGCAGAAAAUUAACAAGAAUGAUCCCGUCGCUGCUGUAGGUGCUUUACAAUGUCGUUAUGCUGCCAUAGUCGCCGUAGGAAAUAUCGCCUUUUGUCUAAAAAGUGCCUUGACAAACUAUGUCAAUCAUCUUUUAACACCUUUUCUCCUUAAUCUUUUUGAGGCUUUACGCGGGUGGAGUGAGACUUCGCUAAAGUUGCAGGAGGUUGAGGACGUAUUGCUACUUCUGCGUCAGAUGAAGAGCGGUCCAUUCGAAACUGUAACGAUGCCUACCGCUAUGAAAGAGCGUAGCAUGGCGUUCAUCAGCGUCUCUUCAUGGGGAAUUGGCGCACUGGUUGGUUGUCUCUCUGUUGCUGGUGUGCAGCAGUUUUUGAAACUUACUGAGGAAUUUAUUACAGCUCGUAAUGGAUGGACAUCACCGGCACCUGCGUCUGUUAUGUUUCACUCCAUUGCCCACGCGAUGGAAGGGCGGCCGCAGCAACUAGGAUUUGUUGUAUGUCAACAUCUCUGCAGUCUCAGUGUUAACCAUAGUGAUGAGGUGGCGGUGCUCACCGGCAUCAUUCGUGCUCUCACAGUCUGUGUUGAUGAAGUGUGUAUGACCGGUACUCGCCCGCAUGUUGUGUUUGAUGUGGUUUGUAGUCUUCACAGUGCGGAGUUGGAGAGACCGCGCCUGCUGUUGCUGCUGGCACUUAUGCGGGCCACUUACAAGUGGCGAAAUGCACCGCAAUUACAUCUUCUUCUUGUAGGUCUUCUCGCACGUGUGCGGGAGGCGUCGGCGAAAACGGCGGUGCGGGCAUUGCGGGCAUUUCUCGCCGUCGCCGCGUAUGUGCGUACGGUUCCCACUACAGACCGUGGUGAUAUGCAAGUUGUCAGCACCAUCACGCCGUUCCUCGCUGCUCAUGACAAGACGCAGGUUUAUGCAGCACGGGUGUUGGUUGAGCUCAUAGUCGGCAAUCCACCGCGUGUCGCAAUCUGCAGCCAUAAUAAUAAUAAUAAUAAUAAUAAUAAUAAUAAUAAUAAUAAUAAUAAUAAUAAUCAUAGUAAUAGUAAUAAUAAGGCUCAUGACAACUAUAGUGAUGUUGAGGAAGAUGAUGACGAUGUAAAUGUGUCAGAUGAGGUACCAUGGCAACUUGUCACAGACGAACAGGAUAUUGUCGCUGCGAAGAGUUGGGUAUUGUCACUUGUUGGCAGCAAAGAGCCAGUGACACCACUAUGUGUUAUUGAAGUUGGACGACUGGUAACGGCCAUACUGCAGUCUCAAGGUACCACCGCACUCUCGUUUGCUCUCACUGUUGUGGCACAACUGCAGAAUUUCGUCUCGGACGGGGAACAUAGUACUGAACUGCACGUGGCAUGGGCGCACCUCUCGUUAGUAGUACUUGCAAACUGUGGCGGUAUAUGUAAACUUCCGCGUCUCACGCAGUAUGCACUAAAACUGCUAGAACGACGUUACCAAAGCAAUGAACUUUCAAAACAGUUCAGUCCACGUCUUAACGAGGGAGAUGUUAAGACGCUACGACUCUCUAGUGACACUGAGGAGACGGGAUUUUUGCUACUGGAUGUAGAACAGAAGAUUUUGCCACCGGUGAAGUAUCUAAUCAUUUUCGAGGAUGUGGCACAAAUGAUAGCCAAAGAUGCAGGUGUAGAUGUUAUUGAUGCAUUUAGUGCUCGAACCCCCGCAGAGCUGAAAAAUGCCGUUAUGACCAAAUGUUUUGGUGGUAAUACAAUAGAAGCAGAUGUUAUCUGUACACCGCCACUAACACCACGCUCGCGAGCACGGGUAGAUCGUACAUUCUCACUCAUCACUGGGGUACCCAUAAAAGCUUUUGUUGAUUCAGUUGCGAUCACAGUGGUGGAUAGCAGUGGUGAUGCCGAAGCCGGAGCAACGGCAUCCAUUGCAGAUGCAAGAGGGAGAGGGACACUCUUUACUGAAACAACAAAGACCCGUAUCGCAGAUUUGCUUCUGCGGCAUGGGGUAGGGGCAACAACACAAUUGGUACAGCCUUCUGAUCACAUUACCCCACUUCCACUAAUAUUGACAAAUAAAGAAACAUCUUCUGCUGUAUCCGCUGCUGGUGUUGCUGCUGCUUCUAGUGAAGGCGAUUUCGGUGGUACUGAUCCAGGUUCAGUGAUAUCUGCUCAGCGACAGGUUGCAUUGGAGUCUCGUGCGUCGCGGAAGUCUUGUACCAGUUCAGCCUCUAGAUCGUCGCCAUCUAAUCUACCAUUGCAACGUCACGGGAUCAGUGGUAGCGGUAAUGGAUUCCCUGCAGGUGGAGUGAAGAGUUUGGUGACGACAGAUGCUAUCAAAGUGCGCGUUUGUACUGACUCUCUUGAAAAGAACAGCAACAAUCGUGAUGAUGAUGAGGAGGAGGGGGAAGAGGAAGAGGAGGAGGAGAGUCAACCAGACGAAGGUAAUGGUGAUAAUGUUGACAACGACAAUAACGAUGAUGGCAAUUAUGAUCCGCGCAACAACAUUAUUGUUGCUGGUGACCCUGAUUCUUGGGGAGUCGCUCUGCCUGCAAGUAAGUAUAUAGACAUACUUUGA